AUGGACAGACAGACAAUCAUCGAGACCAACCGGUCGCUGCGCACCAUCAAGAAUGAACUCGAGAACCUCCUCGAGAAGGGCGUAAUCACCGAAGAAACCUACGACAACAUCCACGCCACCCUUCCCUCCGAGACCCCUCUCCACGGCGCUGCUUCCCGUGCCGCUCCCAACGCCUCUACUCCCGUCCAGAACAACCCAACUGCUCCCCCGACCAACGCCAUGGCCGCUCUCAAUGUCCAGCCGACCGCCUCCCCGGCGCCGCCUUCUUACAACCAGACCGGCCCCCCGUCGCUCCCCUCCCGCACUCCGGAGAAGCCUAUCCUUGCGCACGCCCGCGCGCUGUACCGUUACGCAGGUGCCGAUGCCCGCGAUGUCGCAUUCGAGCGGGACGACCGCAUCGCCAUACACGAGUACAUGAACCAGGACUGGUGGAUGGGCAAGAACCUGCGCACCGGCCAGGAGGGUAUCUUUCCCAAAACAUACGUCCUUGUCGAGCAGGACUCGGCCAAGGGUGCCUUCGCCCCUCAGCCUUAUGCUCCUCCGCAGGCCCAGUGGGCUCCUCAGCAGCCGCAAUACGCCCCUCAGCAGCCGGUCUACGGACAGCCGCCGCAAGGCCCGCCGCCUCAGCAGAACCCGUACAAUGCCGAUGCGCCGCCCGCGGCUGUUGCCAACGAGCAGACCAACACCGAGGGCAGCGGUGGUGGCAAGGCCGGCGAGAUGGGCAAGAAGUUUGGCAAGAAGCUCGGUAACGCGGCCAUCUUUGGUGCUGGUGCAACCAUCGGUUCCAACAUCGUCAACAGCAUCUUCUAG